AUGAGAGGGAAAAGAGGCAGGCCGCCCAAACCGCUACCAGCCGAGGACUCGCCCGCAGUGACGGCCCGAGGCUUGCGACCCAGGAGGAAUCUCAAGCCCAGGUUGAGGGAUAGCGGGGAUGAGGACGUCGAGAGCCCCACAAGGGAGGCCGCCAAGUCGGCCAAGAAGAGGAAAGUGGGGUCGGUCACGUCAACGCGGGGCAGGGGACGCGGCAGAGGCGGCGGCGGGGGAAGAGGAGGCAGAGGGGGCCGUGGAGGAGGGAAGCGCACGGCCGUCUGCAAAACGGUGGUGUACGACGACCACGAGAGUGACGAGGACGACGAUGCUGUUAGUCUAAGAUCGGAGGAGGAAGAGCUGGUUGAGGAGGAACCUCAGUCCGAAGAGGACGAGGCCCUCGGAGAGGAGUCUGAUUGCCUUGAAGAGGAUGUGCUGGACGAAGAGGUGGUGGAGGAGGAGGAGGAGGAGGAGGAUAAUGCCAGCUACUGUACAGAGAGUAGCUUUCGGAGUCAGAGCACACACGCCAGCACUCCGGGGAAGAAGAAAGUGCGGGCUCCCCGACCUCGCACUCCCAUCCUCGAGGAAAAGGAGAUUCCUGCCCUUCAGCUUCCUGACUCCUCUGAGGAUCUCCUGGUGCCUAACGAGGAGCUGCUUAAUGCCACCUCCAUCUACGAAGUGCUGCGGAACUUCAGCAUGGUGCUGCGUCUCUCCCCCUUCCGCUUCGAGGACUUCUGUGCAGCUCUGGUAGGCCAGGAGCAGUGCACUUUAAUAGCAGAGACCCAUAAUUCCCUUUUGAAAGUCAUCCUACGUGAGGAGGACACAUCCAACACUACCUUUGGCCCCGCUGACCUAAAGGACAGCGUCAACUCCACCUUGUACUUUAUAGACGGCAUGACAUGGCCUGAGGUGUUGCGGGCGUACUGCGAGAGCGACCGGGAGUACCAUCACGUCCUGCCGUAUCAGGAAGUGGAUGAGUAUCCCUACGGUCCACUCGAAAGUAAGAUCAAGGUGUUGCAGUUUUUAGUGGACCAGUUUCUCACCACCAAUAUCGCCCGCGAGGAGCUGAUGGCUGACGGCAGCAUGCAGUAUGACGACCACUGUCGCGUUUGUCACCGCCUGGGCGACCUGCUGUGCUGCGAGACCUGCACGGCGGUCUACCACCUGGAGUGUGUGAAACCACCACUGACGGAGGUCCCAGAGGACGAGUGGCAGUGCGAGAUUUGUGUGGCACACAAGGUGCCGGGUGUCACGGACUGUGUGGCCGAGGCGCAGAAGAACAGGCCCUACAUCCGCCAGGAGCCCAUCGGAUAUGACCGCCACCAGAGGAAAUACUGGUUCCUAAACAGAAGGAUUAUUGUCGAGGAGGACGGGGAGCAUGAGAAGAAAAAGAUCUGGUACUACAGCACCAAGGCGCAGCUGUCGGAGCUCAUGGAGUGCCUGGAUGCGCAGUACUGGGAGAUGGACCUCCAUGCCACCCUGGAGGAGAUGAAGGAAGAAGUGGAAGCCCACAUGGACAUCACAGAGGACCUCACCAACAAAGCCCGUGGGAACAAUAAAGCCUACCUCACUGCUGUCAACGAUGUGAUCACGGAGCGCAUGAAGGUGAAGCGGGAGGCACAGGAAGCAAAAAGGCGGGACGAGGACGUGAAGCAGGAAGCAGAAACCGGCUCUGCUAAGACAGCGGAGGACACCGCCGAGCUCACCUCGCAGCUCGACAACGGAGAGCACAAAGAGGCCAAGGAAAACGCUGGUUCCCAAGCAGCCACGGCUCCCCCUGCUGCAGAGGAGAUCUACGAGUCUGACCCCAACGCCGGCUCUACCACCCAGGACGAAGCUGCGCCUAAAACGGACUCCCUCGACCCUAACAAGGAAACGCAGCCUGCUCACUCUGCGAGCCCGGAGAGUGGGGAGUCCCCUUCUUUGGCAAAGCAGGAAAGCACAGAUAAGGAUGGGAAAAACGAUUCUAGCAGUGAAGACAAGCACCCUGACGACUCCCAAGAUCAACCCCAGCAGCAGUCCUCUCAACUGGAGGCGGGCGGCGGCAGCAGCCAGGUUUCUGGCCUCAGGAAACCAGAGCAGCCUGACCUGGAAGAUCGCUCCUCCCAGUCCUCUUUUACCAGCCAGGAUGGGACAGACGAGUACAACAACAAGGCCAAGGUCGAUAGCGGGAGACCAACGGGACAGGAAUCAAAAAACCAGACGGCAAGAGGCAGCAAAGAGUCGUCUCCUGUACGCUCUGAUGGUGAAUCUUCGCGUCUCAGCUUCUUGAAAAGGGACCUGAUGGUGAACUUGAACAACUUGUUCAAACUGGGUCAGGAGGGUAAAUACAGGGUCUACCACAACCAGUACAGCACCAAUGUCCUGGCCCUGAACAAACAUCAGCACCGGGAGGACCACGACAAGAGGCGCCACCUCUCCCACAAGUUCAGCCUGACCACCGCGUCGGAGUUCAAAUGGAACGGAUCUAUCUACGGUUCGCGGAGCCUGACUGUCUCCACCCUGCGUCUCACCAUCAUCCAGUUGGAGACCAAUGUCCCUGGACCAUUUAUGCAUCCUAACUGGGCGUCGCACAGGACCAACUGGAACAAAGCCGUGCAGAUGUGCAGCAAGGCCAGGGAGUUUGCAUUGGCAUUGGCCAUACUGGAGUGUGCCAUCAAACCAGUGGUCAUGCUGCCUGUAUGGAAAGAUUCUCUUGGACACACAAGGCUACAUCGCAUGACCUCAAUGGAGCGGGAGGAUAAAGAGAAAGUGAAAAAGCGUGAGAAAAAACUGGAGGAUGAGGAGACACUGCAACAGGCCACUUGGGUCAAGUACACCAUUCCCAUCAAGCACCAGGUGUGGAAGCAGAAGGGGGAGGAGUACAGAGUGACAGGGUAUGGUGGCUGGAGCUGGGUCAGUAAGACUCAUGUGCCGCGGUUUGUCCCAAAGCUACCAGGGAACACAAACGUAAACUACCGCAAAGAACUGGAGGCUAAAAUUAAGAAGGAAAAUGCAACAGCUUGCACUAAAAAGCAGAAAAAGUUGAUGGAAACUGAGAAGCAGACAGCUCAGAACACAUUGAACAAGGACAAUGAAGAAGCAUCCAUCACUGCGUCAUCUGAGGAGGACCGCAAACCUCAGACCUCCAAAGUGGAAGAAAAACCUACGGAGGAUGAGCAGGAAAAGAAGGCAGAAGAGAAGAGCAAAGAGGAAAAGAUGGAGGUUGACCCCUGCUUAGAAACCACUGCUUCAAGUGUAGAGACAGAUCAAUCGGAAAACAAAGGCUCUGUCUUGCCUUCUGUGCAGCCUGCGAGGGACGAACCAAUUCAGAAAUUAGAACAACCCAAGAAGGAGGAGACCACUGCAUCAAAGCCCUACUAUGAUGUUGUGAACGUCAGUGAGGGUUUCCAGCUGCGGACAGCUUAUAAGAAGAAGGUAAAGCCCUCCAAACUGGAUGGGCUUUUGGAGCGACGGGUAAAACAGUUCACCUUGGAGGAGAAGCAGAGACUAGAGCGAAUGAGACAGGCGGCAUUGGUGUCCAAAAUGGCUGCCACAAAGCCUACAGCUGGAGUUAAGACUGAAGGAUCCACGAUAGGCAAACCGCAGCCUCCUGCGAACCUGUGUGUAAAAGAAGAAAAAGAGGAGGUGAAGGACCAUGUAGUUAAAAAGCUUGACUUUGGGCAGGAGCAGAUGGAGAUAAAGGCAGACAUGGAUGCCAAAUCAGAUUCCGCAGCACCUAACCACAGCAAACAGACCGAGGUAAAUGCUGUGCAGGGGAGCUGCGGGGAGGACUUAGCUCACAAAGAAGUGAACGGAGAACCCUUAUCAAGCACUGAGCCCAACAGUAAAAACAACUUUAUAUCCGAUGCAAUGGAAGGCAAAGAAAAACCACAGAAGCCAGAGGUGGCUCGAGUGGGAGAGAAUGCUAAGAAACGGGCGUACGAGGAAAUUGAGCAAGACACUGGACAAAGCAUAGAGGUGGACCAAAGCAAGACCAGUCCAGUCCAGGUUAAUGGGAGAGCUGGGGAAAACCCUGCAGACUCAAACAGCAACUCAGACCCAGCCAGUCAAGUCCAAGGCGAAAUAAAAGAGCCUCAGAAAGAGCCUGUCAAGUCUCUGAUGAAUGGAAACCUCUUGCAGAAUGAUGUGUCUGACAUAUGUCACCCCCCUCCCCUAAAAGUCCCGAAAUUAGAGAACCACGUAGCAGAGAAAGGAGACUCUCUCCAUAAGAACGUGGAUGUGGCCGUGGCCAGUGAGGGGACCGGACCUACCAAGCUUCCAUCCUCUAGCCCUUCUUUCCUGAAUAGUAAUAGUACCAAUAAUGACAACAGUAGCGAAGGUUUGAAGACCUCCAUCACCACUAACCCCACCACCACCACAGAGCCUCAAAACGCCCUGACAACUGACCUGCCCAACAACAUCAGUAAGUCAAAUGUGACAUCUCAAGCAGCAGGUAGUGCAGUCUCCUCCGUUACCACCAACACCACCGCCGUCGCGGCAGCUCCGCCCAGCUCCAGGGCAGUUGUCCCUCAGAAGACUAAACUUCCCGUCACCGACACCAAGACGGGCACUUCAACCAGCUCCAUGACCAUAAGCAAAGAGUAUUCCACCAAAGACCGAGUCAGCCUUCUCAGGUUCCUCAAAUCCAAGAAGGCCCGCUCAGGUACAGCCCUACCGUCCUACCGCAAGUUUGUCACCAAGAGCAGCAAGAAGAGCAUCUUCAUCCUGCCAAAUGAUGACCUGAAGAGAAUGGCGAGGAGAGCAGGCAUCAGAGAGGUGCCCAUCUUCAACUACAACGCCAAGCCCGCCCUGGAUAUAUGGCCCUACCCUUCACCUCGGCCCACUUUUGGGAUUACAUGGAGGUACCGUCUCCAGACUGUGAGGUCGCUGGCCGGGGUCAGCCUGAUGCUGAGGCUGCUGUGGGCCUGCCUGAGGUGGGAUGACAUGGCUGUGAAGCCCUCUGCCGCUGUAGGAACUACACGGAAAGAAACCACGGACACAGACAUCAUCACAACAGAGAUCAUAAAACGAAGAGACGUGGGGCCUUACGGCAUCCGCUCAGAAUACUGCAUCAGGAAGAUCAUCUGUCCCCUCGGAAACAGAGACACUCCCAAAGAAACCCCUACUCCACAGAGGAAAGGCCUGCGCUCCAGCGCCUUGAGGCCCAAGAAGCAUGAGCCAGCCAAGCUGACUGGGCCUGUUGCUGUGGAGACAUGGGUGCCUGAGGAGGACCUAGAGCUGUGGGAGAUCAGGGCCUUUGCAGAACGAGUGGAGAGGGAGAAGUCCCAGGGUAUCGAUUCCUCCAAGACUGGCAGUAGUCUUAAGACGGCCGAGGAUGUCAAGGCCCAUUUAGAGAGUCAGCUUAAACAGGCCAGACUGGCUGCUCAGCAGAAACGUCUGGAGCAGAGACCGGGUACCCCAGCCACCACUCCCACAACAACCACCACCACCACCUCGGCCAGCACUCCCAGUUCUCCCAGCACCCCAACGUCCAUGGGCCAGAGGACAGGUCAGGUCACAUCUGGAGCUAAGAUGGUCCUGGCCUCCAAACUGAGCUCUCCUGCUCCCUUCCAGCAAGACAAAAACUUUCAUCAGUCUUUUGCUUCUUGGGUCAAGCAGGGUCAGACCAACAACAGCUCAGCCUCCAUUGGCUCGGUGGCCACCGUGGCUAGCAGUAUCGCCACCUCAGAGCAAACCUUCCAGAUCGCUGGCAGCCCAGUGACUGUGGCUGGCCAGGUCCUCGCCGCCAAACUCCCGCUCCCCGCUAACAGCAAGAUUGUCACGCUCAACAUGCCCACCGCUCAAGGAGGUAUAGUCCAGCAGAAAGUCGUGGGCAUUUUUCCUUCUGGGCCCCCUGCAAACCUUAGGACAUACAGCACGCUACAUCCUACGACUGGCAACAUCAACCUCCGAGCCACCACCUCCUCAACAGUUACCCAGCAACAGGCCAUCACAGCGGGAGGCAAAAUACAGCCUGGCACAACGACGAGCCAGUCAUCAACCCUGUCUACCUCUGUGGGCGCAGCAGCAGGCAGAAGUCCAGCAGUGGCUCAACAAGGCCAACCUAAGCCGACUGUGACACAGACGGGUCCUGGUUCUACGCCUGUACAGACGACUGCAGCUCAGAGAGCAGCAGGUGCUGCACCAUCGCCUCAUGCAACCACCCCAGCACCUGGACAGUCACCUGUAGCUUCUUCCCAGACCACCAGGCCACAGCAGGGUCAAGUUAAACUCACUAUGGCACAGCUCAUGCAGCUAACACAGGGUGCUCAGGGUGGAAACCCAGGUCUGACGGUGGUGAUCCAGGGUCAGGGUCAGACCCAGGGACAGCUGCAAAUCAUCCCACAGGGUGUAACAGUGAUCCCUGGUCCUGGUCAGCAGCUAAUGCAGGCAGCCAUGCCCAACGGUCAGGUCCAGCGCUUCCUCUUCACUCCCAUGCCCCCAUCCUCAUCGGCUCCAACGUCCGCAGCCCCUCAGACCCCUCAAACCCAAAUGUCAACUCCAACUCAAGCCAGAGCCCCUGCGCAAGUCCAGACGACCCCUUCAGGCCCAGGCCAAACCAUAAUGACAGCCCCUGUACCUGCCCCUACACAAAUGCCAAGUUUGGCCCCCACAGUUCCUGUGCAAACCCAAGUUCCAGCCGCAACCCCGUUAUCAGUACCUGCACAAUCUCAAGUAUCCACUCCUGUUCCUGCCCUGCCACACAUUGCAGCCCAGGCCUCCACACAGGUUUUAUCCUCCACACCAGCCUCUGUCCCCGCACAACCCCAGGUGGCAAGAUCUGUCCCUUCCCCAGCAGAAAAUGCAGGCCCACCUAUGUCUCAGACACAAGUCUUUACCACAGCCUCAACCCCUGCACAAAACCAAGUCCCAGCCAUUGUGCCAACCCAAGUCUCCACCCCUACCCCUUGCUCAUUUCCUACACAAACCCAAACUGCAGUGUCGAUUCCUGUCCUGGGACAAGUUGCACCUCAAGCCCAGGUCCAGACACACGCCUUCAGCCCCGCCCCUGCUUUAGCCCCUGUCUCAGUCAAGGCGUCUGCCCAAGUUGCUGCAACAGUAGCCGCUACUAACUCAGCUCAAAUGCCCGCUUCUGCCUCUCUUCCCUCCCCUGUCCAAGUUCCAACUCCUGCCCUCGCACCCGUCUCUGCUCCUGUCAUAGCUGUCGUGUCCACCCAAAUUGCUGUCCCAUUCCCGGCCAAAGCUCUAACCCAAAUCCAGGCUACAGCCCCGGUUCCCCUUCAUGCUGCUGUGGCCAAUGCUAUUGUCACACCAGUCACAGCCACCUCUACAACACCUUCAGUGCCAGCUCUGACAGAGCUGAGGGCAACUCAGCCCCAGGUUUGGACUCCGGCUUCAUCUCAAGCUCAGACUCCAGUUCAGCCAGCUCAGACACCUGCAUCAGUCUCCAUACAUUCACCCGUUUCCUCUCUGCCUCAAGCGUCUCUUCCUCCUCAAGGACACGUCCAGCCCCCCACCGUUGUGUCCGUGCAGCAGGUCACUCAUCCAGUCUCAGCUGUGCAAGUUCAUAUGGGAUUGCCGGUCUCUUCUGUUGUUUCUACUGUCAGACCUACGCAGCCUCACCUCCAGCCCCAAGCCCAUUCUCAACUUCAACCCCAAAUCCGUGCCCAGAUUCAAGUCCAGCCCUUUGGCCAAGUCCAACAAAUGCCACACAUUCAAGCACAAGCUCAAAACCACCCCCAGGUCCGAGUUCAGUUUCAGCCACAAACUCAGCAGCCAUCCCAAGCUCCACUACAACCCCCUGCUCAAAAUCAACCUCAGGUGCAGUUUCAGUCCCAAACCCCCAACCAAAUCUUGCCCCAAGUCCAGGCCCAGGCCCAAGCCCAGCUCCAAUCAAGGGUCCAGCCUCAGUACCACCCGCAGGUACAGGCUUCAUUUCAAACAUCGGCUCAGACCCAACCGCAGGCUCACCAACAGCCUCAGGUCCAAUCUCCACCCCAGGUUCAGUCUCAGGCCCAAACUCCGCUACAGAACCAGAUCCAUACCCAACUCCAUCCCCAGGUUCAGGUCCAGUUCCAGCAACAGAGCCACAUUCACCCACAACCUCUGGCCCUGCAGCAACCUCAGAUCCAAACGCAGCACCAGUUUCAAGUCCAAUCGCCACAGAAAACCCAGGUCCAGCAACAGCUUCAGGUCCAAGCCCAACCCCAAGUCCAAGCUAAGCUCCAAGUCCAGUUCCAGCCUCAGAACCAACCGCAAGUUCAAGCGCAGCCUCAGCUCCAGGUCCAGUCUCCAAUCAGGCAUCAGCUCAUCACCGUUCCGGGCCUCCAACAGCCUGUCCAGCUUCUUUCAGCUCUGCCGCCCCACGUUGCUGCCCAGAUCCAAGCCCAAAUCCAGGCACAGGCACAGCAGCAGGGCGGCACGGUUCCCCAGCAGAUCAAACUGCAGCUGCCUAUCCAGAUCCAGCAGACAGGGGGGCAAAUUCAAGCCCACCAGAUCCAGAACAUGGUGACCAUACAGGCACCAGCGAGCGUCCAGGAGCAGCUCCAAAGGAUACAGCAGCAGCAGCAGCAGCAGCAACAACAGCAACAACAGCAACAACAGCAGCAGCAGCAGCAGCAGCAGCAACAGCAGCAGCAGCAGCAGCAACAACAGCAACAACAGCAACAGCAACAACAAAAACCAAAGAAAAAGAAACACCACGAGGCUAAAAGGGAACCGAAGGAGCAGAUUCUGCAGGCCGUUAGUCCCGGGGAUGGCAUGCCAAAACAGGUGGUAGUGAAGCAGAAUGCGACAGCCGAACAGCUGAAACAGAGGAAGAGCCUGGCUGCAGCUGAGCGAGAGGAGAACCAGAGAAUGAUCGUGUGCAACCAGGUGAUGAAGUUCAUCCUCGACAAGAUUGAGAAGGACGAGAAGCAGGCAGCUAAAAAGAGAAAGAAGGAGGAGGUGGUUGAGCAGAAGCGCUCCAAACAGAAUGCGUCCAAGCUGACUGCACUGCUGUACAAGCACAAGGAACAGCUGAAGGCGGAGAUCCUGAAGAAGAGGGCACUGCUGGACAAGGAGCUGCAGCUGCAAGUACAGGAGGAGCUGAGGCGGGACAUAGCCAGGCUACAAAAAGAACAGGAGAAAGCCAGAGCUGCCAUCGUCCAGGCUGCUGCAGCAACAGUCAAGGCGGCCUCGUCCCACUCCUCCCAUCUCUCCCACUCUACACAUUCCUCUCACAGCACCCACACAGCAACCUCGCCCUCCUCAUCCCAUAAACGUAAGCGGGAAGAAGAGAGAGACAAAGACCGAGACAGAGACAAAGACCGAAGCAAAGACCGGGACAGGCAUCAUGAGAAGAAACGGGAUAAGGACAAGGACAGAGACAAAUGCCGAGACAGAGACAAAGAUAGAGAAGGGGAUCGAGAGAAGGAGAGAGACCGAGAGCGGGACAGACAUCGGGACAGAGACAAGGACAAAGACAGGGACAAAGACAAGGACGGAGAUUCCAGCUCAUUAAAACACAAAAAGAAGAAGAAGCUCUCUUCUACCUCAAAGGAUCACAAGAAGGACACCAAAUUGUACUGUAUCUGCAAAACGGCCUACGACGAGUCAAAGUUUUACAUAGGGUGCGACCUGUGCUCCAACUGGUUUCACGGCGCGUGCGUUGGCAUCACAGAGAAAGAGGCCAAGAAGCUGGAGGACUUUGUGUGCAACGACUGUAAACGUGGUCAGGAGGGCGGCAGCAACGAGGAGUUGUACUGCAUCUGCCGGACGCCGUACGACGAGUCCCAAUUUUACAUUGGCUGCGACCGCUGCCAGAACUGGUACCACGGGCGCUGCGUGGGCAUCCUGCAGAGCGAGGCCACUCACAUUGAUCUGUACGUGUGCCCGCAGUGUCAGUCGACAGAAGAUGCCAUGACAGUCCUCACGCCGCUCACUGACAAAGACUACGAGGGGUUGAAAAGAAUAUUACGCUCGUUACAGUCUCAUAAAAUGGCAUGGCCGUUCCUUGAACCGGUGGAUCCCCACGACGCUCCUGAUUAUUAUCGGGUGAUCAAGGAGCCAAUGGACUUCUCCACGAUGGAAACCCGUUUGCAGAAGCGACAUUACCACAAGCUCACAGAGUUUGUGGCCGACGUGACCAAAAUCUUCGACAACUGUCGCUAUUACAACCCCAACGACACGCCCUUCUUUCAGUGUGCCGAGGUGCUCGAAGCCUUCUUUGUACAGAAGCUUAAAGGUUUCAAAGCGAGCAGGUCUCAUAACAACAAGCUACAGUGUUCGUCAGCCUCUUAGAGAGCGUCGCACAUUGGUCAAACAAAAUGCACUUGCCAAGAAUAUGGCUUUUCUGAACUGUAACUGCUAGACUGCCUCGCGCUGUGUUUGGGAUCUGCUCCGUUUGACUGACGGUGCAACUAGCACUGCUGCUUUCACAGAGCUGUCCAGGCAGAGCUGCCUUCUGCCCGUUUCAGCUCUUAACGGGACCGUUUUCUGGACCUGUCUUAAUCUGUGGGACUGUACUGAGGAAGCGUGAGCGACUGAGGCAUUUCAGAAGAAAGUUUACCUCGGAGAACAGACUCUUAAGGAGCUCUCAUAUUUCCAUGGUUAUUUUUUGUUUUUGUUAAAGAAAUUCCCCUCAGGCCAUUGUUGUGGUCAUCAUGUCCAAUGAGAAAUAAGAAAUUGAAUUUGGUGUCGAAAUUCAGAUCUGUGGAACAAUGUUUUGUUUCUUUCCCAUUUCCUCAUUGUUUAGUCUGAAGUGGCAUGAAAGACAGUUUUACUAAACAACUGGACAUCAGUAGUCUGCUUGGAUGAACCUCCAUAACCUACUGAAAGUACAGUAAUGACCGAUUGUAGAUGGAUGGCUCUGCAGUAGUGACUGACCGGGAAUUAUGAAAUUGCAUUUGAGGCCGUUUGUAUAAAAAAAAAAAGUCAGAUUUUCACUUGAUUUCUUUUUUUGUAUUUUUUUUGUAUUACAUUACAUGAAGAAAUAUUGAUGUAUAUGGAACUUAAUAAAAUGGAAAAGCCUGA